AUGUUCUUGUUCUUGUUUACAGUAGCCAUUUCUGCAGUUGAUUUUUACCCACAUGCAUAUCCCAAGGUCACAGGACCUUUGUUUUCAUAUAUCAAAACAAUGCAUUCACUGGCAACAAAGUUUAACGACAAAAAAAUCGCCGGCUACACACUAAAACCUAAUGUUAGUUUGUCAAAGAUUGUAAACGAUGUGUUUGACAAUUUGUUAGACGAACCUAUAAAUGUCUCCGGAUUAAUUUUAAAUUAUACCACACCAUUCCUUACAAAUGUUACAACUGAUUCCAUGGGUGAUCAUGAAGGCAAUCUAACAUUUCCAGAAAUUAAGCUUCAAGAUUCUUUGGACGCGGCAUUAAAUUCUAAUCUUGGAGGAAAAGACUCAGAUGCAAUGAUUGGAGUUGUAUUAGGGGGUGUCGCCUACGCGAUAUUUGGUAUCGUGGUUGCACUUGCUUUGCUUGUUUUUUACAUUUUCGAUUCAUUUCUCUGCUGUUGCUGUUGCAAAGCUCAAGAGUCUUCAAAAGCAAGCAUUUUGACGUGCUUUUUCUUCCACAUUGGUACAGUUCUUAUGGUUAUCUCUUUGAUUUUCACUUUUCUUAUUCUUCCAGCAGUUAACGACGUUUCACAGAAAGCACUUAAUGCCAAAAAUACAUAUUGUCAUCUUAACGAUGAUUUAUAUAAUGGAACGAGUAAAGCCAUCGAUGCUUUUCGUAACGCUUCAGAUCCAUUUGUUCAAGUUAUUACAAGCCUUGGCCAAGGUUUUCAACAAUCAUUCGAAGAUCUAAUAGGUGCAGUACAAAGAGAUGCAGAAGCAGUUUCUACUCUCGUGAAGUCGGAUUAUUAUGAAGAAGACAUAUUUGCUCAAUUUAUUAAUAAUGCAUCAGCACCUAUUGCUAUGCAAAUUAAAAAAAUUAAUGAUCUUUUGGAAGAAAACGGUCAAUCAAAUGAGAAAAUCGAUUUAACCCAAAAUAUCAAAGACGUCAGAGAUCAGAUUCAGUCUGCUUUAGAUAACAUUGACGAAAUGGUCUCACCGCUCAAAGAAUCCAUGGAUAAUCUUUACGAUUUUACGAAGAAUUACAGUGACACAAUAAAGGAUGCUCUUGACUUAGAGGCAAAAUUUGCUGACCAACUUAAUUCUUUCCAAGACAACGCUAACUGUUCCGCUCUUGCAGACACAAAUCCAAGUAUGAACGCUAAUUUAGACAAAAUCCAAAAAUACCAGAAGAAGAUUAACCAGUAUUCCAUUAUAUUUAUUGCAGUCAUCGCGAUCAUCAUUAUUUUCACAGCAGUCAUUUAUUCUGGAUUAUUCACCGGCCACUCCAAAUGUAGUCGCUGCUGCGCUUCAACUAAUAUGAUAUUCCCGAUUCUAUACACUAUCAUAUUCCUUGUAUUAGUUGUUGUAACUUCUCUGGUUGGAUAUGUCUCUUAUGUCCUUACAGACGAUUUCAACCAAACAACGGCUAAUAUUGGUACUGGAAUAACAGGCCUCUUUACCGAUAGAUCUAUAGGCUUCCCUGACAUGAAAAUCUCAUUUUUGGUCAAGAAUUAUUCUCUCGAAUUCAACGUAACUGGCUACAGCUUCACCUUCCCAGAGAAUUGGGAUCCAAUUAAAUCCAUUAUUGAUAGCUUUGCCUACAAAAAUUCUGAAGUUACUUCCAAAGGUUUGGGAACAGCCUUAGAUAUAAACGGAAUUCUCCGGAUGGAAGAUCUACUUGCAUACAUCGCAGCAUUCCCCGAUAACGCUAAUCAUCAAGUCUUUCUUAAUACCCAAAAAAUCUUUACAAACGAAAUUACCCCAAGAAUCUCAGACUACAUACCAGAGAAUGGAACCAAUAUUAAGGAUUUCAACUUUGAAGAUGAAUUUUAUAAAGCAUCUACAGCAACAAUUACAGAUCCUGCCAAACAGCAAGAAUUAAAGGAAGAUCUUAACACACUUAAGAAUAUGAUUUACAGUCCAGAUGGUCCUUACAAUAAAACAUACGUUGUCUUCAGAUCAAGGAUUCUUAGUACUUUUGCAAAUGCAUACACAGUUGAUUUCGGCGUCAAAGAUGGUAAAUACGAACAAUACGUACAAAUACGACUUUAUGAUGCUUUAAGGUCCUUCCAGAAUGGUGUUACAAGUCUAUUUUCAAAUCUCAAGACUGUUUUUGAUCAAAUUUCUGCAUAUUCCUUGGCAGGACCAACCUUGUAUGUUGUUGAAGUAGCCGGCCGCGAUCUUGGUACUCUUGGAAAUGAAAUUCCUAUCGCUUUAAUUUGUGCAACUAUCGGAUUCUUCUUCUACGCCUUAUUUAUUUGGAUAAGGAGGAGAGGAAUGUACACAAUGCAAGAGUUCAGAGACAAGAACAACGAGAAGUACGGUCUCGGUGUUGCUAAAGAUGAAUAUUCAUCAGCAACAAGCGAUUUCUCUGAUAGUGUUUUCUACAUGGGUAACAGGAAAACAAACGAAGAUGGAGAUAACAAUGAAGGUGGCGAAAAGAAAGAAGGUUUCGGCGACGAACAGCCUGAAAACUUAUCUACUUUCUGGCUUCACUAA